AUGACAAAGGAUCCAAACAAGCCCCGAGGCAAAACCUCAUCUUAUGCAUUUUUUGUGGCGACUUGCCGUGAGGAGCACAAAAAGAAGCACCCAGGAACCAGUGUGGGAUUUGCAGAGUUUUCCAAGAAAUGUUCUGAAAGAUGGAAGACUAUGUCUGGCAAGGAAAAGCAGAAGUUUGAGGAGAUGGCCAAGAAUGACAAGGUCCGGUAUGACAGAGAGAUGAAGUCGUACGUCCCUCCGAAAGGUGCCAAAAAGGGCAAGAAAAAGAAGGACCCCAACGCCCCAAAAAGGCCUCCCUCCGCCUUCUUUGUCUUCUGCUCGGAGCACCGACCCCGGAUCAAGGAGGAGAACCCCGGUAUCUCAAUUGGUGACAUUGCCAAGAAGCUUGGAGAGUUGUGGUCUACGCAGGGGGCUAAAGACAAGGCUCCAUAUGAGGCAAAAGCUGCCAAACUGAAGGAGAAAUAUGAGAAGGAUGUUGCUGCUUACAGAGCAACAGGCGGCUCAGGGAAGACUGACGCUGGCAAGAAAGGUGGCCCCGGCAGGCCAAAGAAAGCCCAACAGGUCGACGAUGAUGACGAUGACGACGAAGAGGAUGAAGAUGAUGACGAAGAGGAGGAGGAUGACGAUGAAGACGAUGAUUAA